UUGCAGAAGAAAAAACCUUGGGAGAAGAACAAACCCCAGAAGAAAAAAGGUGGUGCUAAAAAGAAGAAUCAGAAGCAACCUUUUAAGAAGGUUGUCACCGCCCAAAGCAAUGCUCAUCCUCCAUCUGUCGAAAUUGAAAACAAAAAGAAAAGCAGAAACGAAGAAGACGAAGAUGAUGAAGACGACGAUAAUUCGUCGCUAUCAUCAUCAGAGCUGCCUCCGCAAUUAAUCGAGGAGGAAAGCGACUACGAAGAUGACUGGGCAGAGGGCAGCUCCAAAAAAGUCAUUUUCGAUGCGAAAUCGCACAAAACACACAUGGUACAUUGCCCUUACUUUCCUCCAGAGAAGUAUGAGUGGUGGUGGUUGGUACUGACCAUGCUCGACAAAAAACAGCGUCGACUAGUUUGCCCAACGAUCUCUUGUAAGACACUUGUCGAUGAACAAACUGUUGAGAUGCGAUUUUCGGCCCCACCAACUAAAGGAGUAUACCACUUUCAGCUGGCGGUGCGGUCAGAUUCGUAUAUGGAUUGCGAUUACAAUAAGGAUAUCAGGGUAAGUUUUUAG